UUUGCCGGUUACCAAAAAAAAUUUUUUUUUAUAUUUAAGAAUUGAAAUGAAUGAGCGCUUUUUUUGUUGUGCGCAACACUGCUGGAGAGAAAGGAAGAAAGGAAAGGUAAAAAAGAAUAUUUACUAGAAGCGUUGUUUUCCUGUCUAAUAUAUAAAAUGUUUAUUUGUGAACGUACAAUGAUUUGUUAAAAAAAAGUUUGAGCACAGCGCGAGAUUGUGAUUGUGCUUGAAAAUGUGAAGAAAGUCGAGAAUAGGGGAAAAACAUAAAUAGAAAGCAAUAAAUAAAAAUAACAACAACAAUAAAUAAUGUAAUAAUGAUGUUGUUUUGUAAUAAAGAAAUGUUUUUUAUACGUUUGUUCUUAAGUUUUUAAGUUUGUACUUAAGUUUUAGUUUGUGUUAGAGUUGGUGUUAAGUUUUUAAGUUUGUUUCUGUUGUUUUCAAGCUUGUGCUUAAUCUUUUGUUUACUUUUAAGUUUUCGGUUUGUUUUCCUUGUUUUUGUUCUGGUUUCAAGUUUGUUUAUCAAGCCUCAAGUUUUACGUUUGUCUUAUCUCUACAUUAUUAGAUGUUUAAGGUUUAAUAGUUUACAUGUUUUUCCUUCCCAUGUUUUAAGUUCAAUCCUAAGUUUUUUAGUAUUUUUGUUGUAGUUUAAGUAUCAAAUUUUAACAAUUGUAAUAAUUUAUAAGCAACAUUAAAAGCUUUUUUAUUACUUUUAUUUAUAUUAAGUAAAAAUAAAAUCUUCCGCCGAUUUUCUAAAAUUUUUACAAUUUCCUUUAUUGUAUUUUUAUUAUACAUACUACUCUCCCAUCAAUUCCCAAUUUCCGUCCCAAUCAACUCCCGGCCAUUACGCCUCUUAUUGCGCAUGAUUUGCUUGAACAAGAGCAAUAAUAGAAAGCAGGUUGUGUUGUUGCUUCACAUUGAGAGCGAGUCUGUCGGCUGCUUUACUUUGCUGUGUUAUUCUUUUUGCUUUCCCCUUUCUUUUUUUCUUUACAGUCAGCUGGAUGGAUAGUCGUCUCCCUUUCGUUUUUUUCUUCUUUUUUUCCAUCCGCUCUCGAAUGAACACGCCGGCUCUUCUCUUUUUUCUACUUGUAAUAAAAUGGAAGGGGACAAAAGGAACAACAAUUGGCGCAAGUUUGGCUCUAGAGGAGGUGUUGAGCACACGGAAAAUGCGCGAUGUGAGAUUGGGGGUUGAUGAUAGAAGGAUGGAAGUGAAGGGGGAAUGGAAGAGGGGGGAGGGGGGUAAAUGGGGGGAAGGGGUAAGCAGGAAAGAGAGACAAGCACACACUCUUCAACGGCAAGGUUGAGGUGUAAAGGGUUGUGAAAUAGGUAAAAAAAUUUGAUGGUAAGUUGGCAAUUUGCUAUUUUUUUGGUGCUUUAGAUGACAAAAACCGGAAUUUUUAAGGCAGCCAAUAGUGGCAAAUGGCAAGAGAUGAGUAAGGAAAGGAAGGAAUUAAAUAGCUGCUGCCUGGCCCUAAAUACAAAACAACAAAAGCAAAAAAGCGUCUCUCUCUCUAGUAUUUUCUAUAGUAAGCAAGAGGCAAGAGAAGGAAUCGCUUAUUUUUCCACACAGGAAAGUGGAAAAUUUUAGGAAUUAAAAAUAAAUUGUUGUGCGCAUGGUUGAGCGUUUUUAGGCUAAAAAAACUUUGUCCCCUCUUAAAGGCCUUUUUUUUAAAUUUUAUGAGAAAGUGACAUGACGGGAUCAGCCGUAAAUGGCGAGAAAGAAAAAGGUGGUAGGGGGAGAAAAUGG